AUGGCGGUGACACUUCACUGGUCCGAUUACUUCGUCUUUGCUCUUUCUCUACUUGCCUACGCCCUAGUCGGUCUCUACUUCCGAUGGUCCACACAAAUCAAUAAUCUCUUUAAUCGAUGUCUGAGACGACCAAUCAAAGAAGUGAAGCCGCAGACUGCACAGGAGAUUUUUCUGGCCAAUCGCAAGCUGGGUGUCCUGCCAGUCAUGGCCAGCACAAUUGCCAGUUUCCUUUCAGCAGCAACCAUUUUGGGCAACCAUCUGGAAGUCUAUCUUUACGGCCUCCAAUUGAUAUAUAACCUUCCUGUCCAAUUGGCAUUACAUCCCAUGGUUUCAGAAAUCUACAUGCCUGUCCUUUACAAACUGCAAUUAUCCAGCAUUUACCAGGUUAGUUGGAGUUUUCCUAAUUGCAUCUCCUCAUUUUAGUACUUUGAGAUGCGUUUCGGAGUGGUCGCCAAGACUUUGGCCACAAUUACUUUUAUCAUACAGACGGUAAGUUAGCAUCCCUUGCAUAAUAAAGGGAAUUCUCAUAGAUGGAAUCACAGUUGUCGUUUAACCUUAGACCCAAAUGCGAUUUUGUAAAUGCUAGAGUUGGGAGAGCAAACAUGCUUCGACAUGCUCAGUGGCGAGUGGACUCUGGAUGUAGGAUUCUGUUCACUUUUUAUUCAAUGAAACGUUCCUUUUCACAUGAUCAGAGCGUCCGUCAGGGUGGCGUUAAUCACAUUCUUAACUGAAACUCUGGCUGGCGAAAGCCCUUUUUAAUAUUUACGAACAAAGGUCACGAUAGGGCUGCCAGUUAGUGGUAUUUUAUAACUAACCACACCAGACUAUAUAAUUGGCAGUGUAGCAUGUCGGGUUUAUGCAGAGUAAAAUAUCUGGCUGCCAUUUGUUUGGCUUUGAAGCGGCGUAAUCUGGUGCUGAGUUGCUGUUCUGCCUUUUUGUUUGUUCCUAAUCUUUCCAUCCUCUUUUUUCCUCAACUGCUAGAUAUUUUACGUAGGUGCCAGUUUGUUUGCUCCCGCCGUCGCCUUGAGUGCAAGUAUGUUCCACCGUCUUUUUGUAUAUUUUUGCCGUCUGUUAAAUUCAUAAUUCCUACUAGAAUCCGAGACUACGCUGUGGACGUGUCCGGAUUUUAUCCGAAUGUAGACCAAUCCUCAACGAGGUUAAGGUAUUUAAAAAGCAGAGAGAUGAGAUGAUACUCGCAUAGGACUUCUCUUGUCAAUAGUUGUUGUCCCCCUCGCAGUUGACUCACCAGUAAAUCCAGGUAAAUUUUACAGAUGAUUCGAGUUUGCGUUAAUGAGUGACCCAUCGACAAUACGUGUCCAUGUUUGUGCGCAAACGGUGCCACUGAGAGAUCAAAACAUAGCUAGGACUAAAGUGUACUGUGUGUAGUAAAAGGCACUAAGGUAAACACAGCAGUGGCAAGUGUUACUGUGAUUUUUAGAUUUUCCUAUGUUCAGAAUGAGGCUUUUUUCAAAUUUUCUAUUAUUUUUGCCUUCUGAACCUUAAAACUACUGAUAAGAUAUCAACAAUUCACAGCAGCAACUUCACACACAGAGGGUAGUCUCGUAACCAUCACACGAUGAUAAUGUUGAAUUCGUACAUUUAUUUUAUGUGUGAUGAUCGACGAAAUCCACACUUUCAAAAAAAACCCUUUGCAGACUGCAGGACGAAUGGUCGAAUGUAAAAAGAUAAUGUUGACGCAAACAAUUCAAUUUUGCACACUCGGUAUACGUCUAUGCUUUCACUUUCAGUGACGGGUGCAAAUCUGUUGUUAACAAUUCUGGGAACUGGAGCUCUGACAACCUUCUAUACCGCAAUGGUAAGGGUACUUCUAGUUUGCGGAUAUACUUCGAGCUGGAGGGAUGAAAACUCAAUUCUGUAAAACUUGCCUUUGGUUGCUUCGUUUUACGAGACGCGUGUGAAGACACUGCAAACCUUUGUGUCCAGCGUUGUCAAGGGUUACUCAUAGCAUGACAUAAACGGACAAAUAUUUGGACACACACUUAACGUUCUGACAGUGGGUAUUUUAUUCGUCCUAUUAAUAUAAAUAUAAAUGGCAAUAUGAAUAUAUGUAAAUAUAAAUAAAUAGCUAUAAAUAAAUGAAUAAAUUUAAAUGAAUAUAUGUCUGUAGUGAGGUCACUGUAUUGUACGAAUAGGCGUACACACAGUGAUGCAAAUCAUUCUGGGCAAUAUCAUAAAAUUAUGCCUCUUUAAAAUCUGACAACUUUUCGAAAUGGUUUAAGCACCCACUAAGGGCAAAGGGUAAUAACCCCAUCUUGCACAGACGAAAAUACAUGGUCUAAUUAAGAAGACGUGUUAAGUUACUCCAUCUAUAUGCAGUGAAUGCGCUAUCUUCCGAAAUAUUCACCUAAAUUCCUAAAUCCAAUUUUAAAUAAAACGUACUGCUUAUAAAUGACUGCAAUAGUAAUUACCGCACAGAUGAACCCCAAAACUUUGUCGGUCACAUUACGAUACCAGCUUUUGAACGAGCUUUUUCCGGCCGUCUUCAAAAGCUCCACUCCGAAAAAUGACUGCUUAGUUGGUAUGAAUUAUUCUGACUAACUUCCGAUGUCCUUGUAUGUCCUGCAUGUGUUAUAGAAAACAUGCGCAAAACAUUCUUCCUGUUAUGAAUUUAGUAUUAAAUCAUAUCCUCUUCAAAUUUUUACUUGCAUAAACUCUAUCUCUCACUUCCUAAGGCCCUGCUAAUUAUACGGUUUCAUAGAACUGUCAAGUGUCCAAUCACACAGCAUCGUAUCUGCGCACUUAUCAAUGCUGUCUAUAAGGUUCACAAAAUGGUCCAAAUCAAUUACGCAUUUUUAUGAGUCAUAUUUGACAUCAGCCUGAUAGCAUAUAGCAAGGAUUGUGUGCGUUUACUAUGCCAUGAUUCAGCAACCUGUGGCCCUCACAGCCUGGUGGGCACUGGCAGUACCAUAUGGCACCUGAUUCUCUGACAGCAGAUGAGUUUGCGCUCCCGCUGGGUAUACAGGCCGUGUAAAUGUUUGCCCAGUGACUUCUGUCAUCCUCUCAUCUGCCUGACUCGUUUUUGUUGCUGGCUCAAAUUCUGGUCAAGUGUUUGUUGAGAACCAAGAGGCGUGAUGCUACGCCUAGGCGCGGCUCCGGUCGUGCGAACCAUCCGCGUCCUCUCCCGCCUCCGGUCUUCUUGACUCUGUCUUGACACCGGGCUUCGGUGGGAGAGAAGGAGAGAGUGCGGUAGAUGCUGCGCAAGUCCACUAUCACUAUACACUAAUCCACGCGCCAGUCAUCGUGCCUGCUCUCACCCUGCUGUAGGGCACACGGUGAGCAUCGUCAGCAACGACGAUCGAACUGUUACUUGCUGUAUCGUUUGCACAAACAAGCCCCAUCUAACCGCGUAAUCAGAUAUCCAAGAAAUACAAUCGAGUAAUUUACCACGAUUGGCUCCCAAUCAUUGGCAUACAUGCCUGUGAUACACACUAAACGGGAAGUUCACAACGCGUUACAGUGCAUCUUGCACGCUCACGAUGCCCCAAAUGUCGCGGCUGGGAAUGUUUUCAAGUGACAGGCUAACUUUGUCACCCAUUGAAAUGAGUGCCAGACUUUGGUGGGUCCCUGUCCAUGUGGUUUCCAUUGUCUUCCUACUUGGAAGACAGUUAUACCCCUCCUUCGUCACCUUGAGGACUGGUUUGCGUAGAAUUUAGGAGGUCCGAUGCGACGCGCUCAGACCAGCCGCUGAACAAUUCCAGCCCUAGCCUCAGGUCCGGUUUCAGUCUUUUUGACUGUGCGCCGUCACUGGAACACUCGCGGCUUUGGAAAAGAGGGCGAAGUGGAUGCAGUCCACUUCCCCUUCCUGUAAACACUUUUACACAGAUGUCAUAGUGCGCUCUUGCAUGGCUCCGUUAACAGCGUGGUUUCCGACUAUUAAACUACCGCGCAUAUCUCUCGUGAUCAAAUAUGCGAGGGUUCAGGUGCAGUGAGCAUAAAAUAUCAUUUAUAUUUUUUUAUCUAUUUGGUCCAGAAAAAACAUUCCUCGUAUCUGUAAUUUAGGGUGGCAUCAAAGCGGUUGUUUGGACGGAUGUGAUCCAGCUGGUCAUUAUGAUGAUCGGCAUGAUUAUGGUCCUCGUCAUGGGACUCAUUUCUGUCGGUGGACCCGUUACAAUGUGGAAAACGGCCCUGAUGGAUGGAAAGAUCGAUCAAGUCAGGUAUGAGCAUUCAAUCUUCUAUUAUUAAGCAGCUUAAGUUUUAAGAAGAAACCAAUUUGAAAAGCAUGUUUGUAUCUGUGCGUCUGCGAUGCCUGCUGGAAUGCAUAAAAGGGUUCAGAACGUUUUCUGAAUUGGUUCAGUUAAUUUAACAAAACUGAAUUUCUUAUGCAUUAUGCUUCAACAUCCAAACUAACAGGCCAGUGCGUCUUCUGAAUGUGCCAACAAAACAGGGAGGCUUGACAACUGGUGAAGCGGCUGCCUCGGUGAUAUGGGCAUGCAGGAUUUGUCCGUUGGCGCUAUUGAUGGUAUUGUACCUCACCAGUCCCUCUUUCCGUGUCAGAAGUUUCGCUUUGGUUUCCUAUAUCUGAUUGGUUCAAACAGUCAUUGCUGAUAAAAGAUCGCCAUGUCUGCCGAUUAAGCGCAGGACUUUUUCUGUCCUCUGAAUCGACUGCAAGGCAUUUCAGUGGCUGUUUUAUAGUUUCCACCCACUGCUCAUCUUAGCCUACUUACCGGCCAGACUCCAUGGUAAAAUCACCCCUAGAAGACUCACUUGGGCAGAUACUCAUCAGACACUCCCACAGCGUGGUUACUCCAUCGGAGUUGGAUCUGUUUCAGCCUCGUGCAUCCCGACUGGCUUUAAAGGCCAAAUGUCCAGAAUCUCACCACCCAAUUCGAAUAUUCCAAGAAGGCAACUUAGAUUGAGGUGCAUUGGCUUCAUUGCAUAUUUUCGGCAAUUAAGUCUCCGUGGCGUGGGAAUGUUCGUUAGGACACCAGACGUAUGCAUCAUCAACCGUUGUUGAUCAGAGUGACAUAAUUGUUUCCUUUGACGAUUGAGACCUAUGUUAAGCGUUUUUGUGAUAAUGUCCAUUUUAACUCUAAUAGCAUUUUCCAACCGGGCAAAUUGACCUACCUUGGCGAGGAAAAUCGUAUUGGCGGUCCGUGCAAAAUUGUUAUUCCGAAUUUAUGCAUUUGGAGAAAAAAACGUCUCAGAACUUUUACUAGUUUAACACUCCCCACUUGAAUGCUUUAUCAUCAACAGCUGCCCGAAGCACAAUGUCAAACACAUACUUUGGUUUCCUGUACACUGAUGCUUUUUCUUUGUCUUUAGUUUCAGCCCAGAUCCUUUUAUUCGGUACACAUUUUGGAGCAUGACUAUUGGUUCUCUGGGCACUUACCUUCCCACCCAGGCCUCUAAUCAGGCUCAGGUCCAACGAUACCUUUCCUGCAAGAGUCUGAAAACAGCGAAGAUGUAAGCGCUUGUUCCGAGUACCACAUUUUAAUUUUGUUCUUCUGUAGUAAGGAUAUCAAAACCUGCAUGUUACAUACAAAACUCCCGAUCGAUAAUCAGACGGGUUCGUGUACAUCUUCCGCCAAUAUAGCGAAAAAUAUGUGGUUGAUAAUUUGCAAGAAGAACUCACGAUGGAGGGAAGGAUGGCGUGAUUAUUUAGAAAAUUAUUCCUUUCUAUGCACUAGAUAUUAAUGGGUGUAGGUAAGUUGUUAAUUUUCGCUGUGUGUGAGAGAGUGUCAACUCCACAUGUUAUGUGGGACUUAAACGCCCCUACUCGGUCUUCCAGGGAAUUUUCAAAACUUGAGUUCCAAAUGGCAGGAACUCCUAAUUAGAAAUGGGGCAUUACAGUCCUCCUAUAGGCACAUUAGUAUGAGAAGUUUGCAUCACCAAUUGCAUGGGGUGGAUUGAUCUAAAGAUUUUCCUCUUCGAACGAUGCAUGUUAUGCGCUUAACCGACUUCCAUGUUCAAGUGCAUGCAUGGUUAUAUUCAUAUUCACUCGAAUGUGCAUUUGCUUGAUCACGCCCACGCAUGAUAACCGCAUGUACGUUUUAUUUAUAAUUACUAGAGCAAUCCUGCUGAACAUACCAGUCAACAUCAUCUUCAUUAUUCUACAUGUUGCCAUUGGUCUCGUUUCCUACGUCUACUUCCGUGGAUGUGAUCCGAAAAUGAGUGGCGAACUUCUGCGUUACGACAUGCUCUUCCCCUUCCUCACGUUAAAACUUUUUGCAAGCAUUCCCGUCCUUCGUGGUCUCUUCCUCUCCGUCAUUUUUGCGGCAGCAUUCAGGUUGGCUUUUUGACGCCUUAAUAACGCUUCUAGUAUUGACUUAUAAGCUAUAAGGGUUAACAACUGUCAAGUAUCAAAAAGAAGAACUUAACAAUCAGUAGGUUACAUAAGGGGAGCGGCAAAUUUACUUGAAUUUCGUGAGCGAGCAAUAACUUGUUACUCGCACGCUUGUCAGUUGGCACCGGAAAUAUUCAACAGGCGCUGGUCAGCCGAAAUAUCUAGGUACUGCGAAGAAACUGCUUAGGCUACUUUAAAAAAGGUUGUUUCCAUUUAUAUGAGAACUAACUGCUACAGAAGCCGCGUUCUGUACGAAAUAAAUGAGUACAUCUAAAGAAGAGGAGGCGUUCACCGGGAGAGGUGUAUUUGAGGUCUGACGUUUCAGGUAGUCGUUUCUUCUACCCAUCUUCAGAGACUGAGCAGUCUUGAACACAGCUUUCCUUUUAUGGCCCACUUUGUUUGAUGCCUGGCUUUUGCGGUCGAGAAGCUCAGUUACCUGAUACGUCAGAAUUACGACGAGGGCGAUGGCCAGCCCACAGUUCAGGAUCUCAUAGAGCUCAUGGGGCAUUGCCUCAAGACAUUUUUUACCUUCGAGGGAAUCACCUAUGAGCAAAUUAAGGGCACUCCGAUGGGUUCACCAAUCUCCGGACUCAUUGCCGAGGCCGUUCUGCAAAAACUCGAGAAACGACUGUUCGUGGAGUACAAACCCAAGUUUUGGGCGCGCUACGUUGAUGAUACCUUCGUAAUCAUUGAUCAGGAUAAAAUAAGCUACUAUGAAGAACUAUUGAACCCAAUCAUCCUCGAGCUACAGUUCACGAUGGAAGAAGAAGUGGAGAGCAAACUUUCAUUUUGGAUGUUCUCAUCUGCCGCCAACCAGACGGUAAAAUGGCGACGUCAGUCUACAGAAAGCCGACGAACACGCUGCAAAUGCUCAGUUACAACAGCAACCACCCACUGCAACACAAACGAAGCUGUGUACGCACGCUAGACCGACGGGUGGAAACUCAUUGCAGUACUCCAGUCGCCAAACUGGACGAGAUGAAGCUCCUCCAGGAACUCUUCAGAGCCAACGGAUAUCCGCGAACAUUCGUUGAACGGAGCCGAAAGCAACCAAGGAAGCGGAAUGAAGAUCCUAGUCAGUCAAAAUCUUGGUGGAGCAUUCCAUACAUGAAAGGGGUCUCCGAAGCCGUAGCCAGAUCCCUCGCGCUGCUCGGAAUAGGCGUUGCCCACAGGCCCGACUCAACACUCCGCCGGCAAGUGAUGCGGCCAAAAAACCCGAUCCCUAAACAGACGUCGGCUGUUGUCUACCGACUUCACUGCAGCUGCGGAAUGUGUAACUACGUUGGGGAAACCGGCCGACGGCUGCAAACGCGCAGGCACGAGCAUAAUUUGGCCGUGCGAAGGUUGGACCCAAAAUCGGAGGUGGCAACCCAUGCCGCCCAAAUGGGACACGUCUUCAACUUUGACGCCGUUGAAAUUGUGGGCCGAGGAGAUGAUCAUACGGCAAGGCAGGUGCAAGAAGCCUGGAUGUCUACCGACUGUUCUGUCAACCGCCAAAUCAAUUUGCCUCCCCCUUAUCUGGUUUUACGGACAUUCUUGACGGGGGACAGUCACGGCGCGGGACAAUCGGGGCCGCCAAUUAUAACCGCGGCCGACGAAGAUGGACGGGAUUCGGGUCAUGGUGACAUGCGGGUCGGAUGCAGCCACACAGGCGGCAUUGAUGGGCCAGGCAUCAAACAAAGUGCGCCAUAAAAGGAAAGCUGUCUGCAAGACUGUUCAGUCUCUGAAGAUGGGUAGAAGAAACGACUACCCGAAACGUCAGACCUCAACUUCACCUCUCCCGGUGAACGCCUCCUCUUCUUUUGAUAUGCCACCCGGGAAUCGCAUUUUCAUUACUAUUGAAAUGAGUGCAUGUUGUAACCUAAAAUUCGUGUUUGCGAGAACAUAUGUUCUUACAAAUAUGCAAAAAUUCGAGACCCAUUAGUGACUCUUCGACUAAAAAUUCUCGGAAAUCUCAGUCUCCCCUCUCAGUUCCAGUGUGCAACAUUUUCAAUAGUGUGAAACCAAUGGAAAAAAACAACGACAUACCAGUUCGACAAAACCAAUGAAGCUAAAUUGCUUAUUUCAUACCAUCUGCUGCCGCCAAAAGUUAUUUUCUUUAACUUCUGAUAACAGCCUUACCAUAUCUGCUCUUCACUUUUCAUUUGCAGCACGAUAUCUUCGGGACUUAAUAGUCUGGCUGCCGUUGGAAUCCAGGAUGUCUUUUUGCCCAUAUACAAGAAGAAAAAGCCGGACAGGGAAAUAAAAGCGAAACGUCUGGCCUUAAUCUCUCGUCUUGUCGGUAUGCACUUGCAGGUUAUUCAGAUUUUUUCAUUUACAAACCUGCGUGACUUAUUUGGUUAUGUAAACCUGACGUGGGGCCCAUACCGUACAUGUCAAGGCCUGGUGGCGGUAGUUGGGGUCAGGUCUCACGCGACACGUGCGGGCGGGUUAUGUAGCCUUGACGAAUAAUGUGAGUGACCCAUCUCAUGAAAUGUUGGCUGAAAUUCUGAACUGGGUCUUCAAUUCGGAAGAAUUACAUAGGCGCGGUUGUAAGAUUGAUUUUUUUGCGGCAUAAUCCUUUACUAUUUCGGACUCGAUAGGAUGUUAGCUAUUGAAUGCCCUGCUUUUCAAUCUCCUGUGGAAACCGUACUUGAUAAAAAUGACAACUCCAGUAGUAUGCAUUUUCUCCGUUGAUUUUCGACGGUCUUGCAAAUUCGAAUAUAUAUAUUAUAAAAACCAUGAACAAAAAUAUGCUUUCUUUUGGUCGUUUGAUAGAGAAUCACGCCGUCUUUAUAGUUUAACGGGUGUACAAUUAGGUUUUAAACAAGUUUUCUAAUUGCAGAAUAAUUUGGAGCCUGAUCGGUCGUCGCAAUAGCGCUUAAUGAUUUAAGUCUGCAAGGUGUAUGCGUUCCGCGUAAAGAAACCUAGAUAUUAUUUUAUGCUUUUAAAAAGACAUCAUAUAAAGCCCAUAAACGUUUACAACGGAUGCGGACUAUGUUGGACAUUUCCUGAGGAUCAGUGAUAGACGGAGGGGUGCAAUGCUAUAUGGGUGGACAUUGCGCGGUCUUAAAGAAUUCCACAAUAAGAAACUUUUUUUCAAAAUCUAAUUAUGCUACUUCUUCGAGAAUAAAAUACACAGAGGACGUGAUUUUCUACAAAACGACUGAAUCCAAGCAUAUUUUUGUUCAUGGUUUCUAUAAGAUAUACUUGAAUUUGCAAGAUCAUCGAAAAUCAGUGGGAAAAUGCAUGCUACUUGAGUUGUCAUUUUUACCGACUACGGUUUCCACUGGAGAUUGAAAAGAAGUGGGCAGGAUGGUAGUUGGUAGCCAUGCCCACUGAUUCUACAACUGUACCUACUGGCUCGAUUUCGGUAUCUGUGAUAACGUUCUCAUUACGUCUGGGGUGUGCACGUACAGAGGCCCUGUCAGGAUGACUUUCUUCUUCACUUUAACCGCCCCGAGAACGAGGCGCUGCAAGACUGUCUAUAUAGACUCAUUGUAUUGCCCCCCACACGGAAAUCUUUAGUAAAAGGCGAAAGAUUUAUCCUAAACGGAUUAUGAUUCAUCAUACUUCCCAUUAUGCUUCUAGUUGUAUGUGCGCACAGUAUUACCUGCAUCAGAUUAAUUGCAUAGGUACUAUCCUAGGCGGAUUAGCGCGGGUAUCCGUUUCGUCGGUUUGCCUGCAUCCUUGGGUCUUUUACUCCAGACCUCCAGUAGAGUCCGGUGCGAUCGUGUACAAAAGGACAACAGACGCGCAGUUAGGGUGUCUACCGAUACUCCAUCUACUGCAUCAGUCGUAUUGACAGUGUAUUGCCCUCCACCCCCCGCCUUUACGAACAGCCCGGUCGUAAUUCGUUGCAGGGGUUUGGCCGAAACCUGUGACGCCUUGUAAACACCGCCAUGGCCAGUUAGCAAUCCUUUCCUGCACUUCCAGUUUAAGGCACUACGGCACCCCCCGGGCGCCUUGACAUUGCUGGGUUUGAACUGGGCGCACUUCACCUACCACAUCGCGCACUUACUACCUCUUGGGUUCAGACUACAACAGCAAGGCGUCUCAUACGUCAGUCAGACCCGAAGUGUUCACCUUCCUCGCACUUUUCACCUUAUUUAAAUUAGGUUUCCACUUUAUCAGGAUCGUCAAUUCCAGGCAUUCCCUACAAGCGCCAUUUACGCCUCCACUCAUUUGCCCCACCCGUAUAGCCCCUAUUACCACCGGUCCCGUAAGUAAGGUAGCUGGGAGUUUUCGGUACCGGGAGGGCUACCAACUACCAUCUAACCAAGAAGUGUAUUCAAAAUCUGACAUCCGACUACUGCGGAUGUCAGCUUCAUUAUUUUUCUGCUAUACUUUGCCUGAUAUGCAAUCCACUAUCUCUUUUGCCUCCCCACAUUAGCUGUCUUUCUGGGUCUUAUAACAACUGGAAUCGCUGUAAUUCUAAUUUACUCGUCACCCAACAUACUUCGGAUAAUUCUCAAUAUUUUUGGAGCCACUGGAGGUCCAAUCUUUCUACUGCAUACAUUGGGAAUAUUCUUUCCAUUCAUUAAUAAUUGGGUAAGUUGUGUCAUUUUUUCAUUUGUAUAUUACAAUGCAAAAUUAUGUAAGAUGACGUGCUGAUUAAAAAUCGUCUAGAGUUUUCCUGCUCUUGAACAACAGGUCAUUAUUCUUUCAGUCUCUGUAGAAACCGGUAAAUCAGUCAUAUUAAGAGUUAAAUGCUGUCGUGGGGUGGAUAUGCGCUGUAGCCUUACCGCUUAGAUAAGACUAUCUAAAAAGCAUGCAUUGCAGGUUUCACCGGUAUUAGCGACUUAGCGACUGUUUUGCGGCCGCCUUCUGUUGUUUCGUAAAAGGUACAGAGAAGUUUGAAUUCGUUCAGAAGAUUGAUGUGAAAACUGCAAGGUCAUACAUCAGGGCUUGCAGUCUAGUCAAUGAAGACGUCAACAAUAAUGAAUCAGAAGUUGGAUUAAAAAGAUGUAAAUAUGCAAUUGGACGUACAAUUUAAGAGACCACGGACCAACAUUGUAAGGUCCUCUAUUCGCCGUAAGUGAGCCUUCCUCAAUGGACCAGGUGCCUACCCUAUCCAUGAGCAAGUAGAGGAUUUAAUUGCUGAACCUCCUCAAGACUGCUCACAUGCAGAAGGAAGGCUGGGCUCGGAAGGCCGAGCUUAAAGUUUAUCCGGGACGUUUUUUCAUAUCAGUAAUCCAUCCUCAAAAUUGUGCGAUACUUUUCGCCAGAAGAAAUUCUCCAUGACGAGAGACACAUACCAAGAUUAUUCAGGACAAAACGCGAGUGACAUUGAGAUCCUGACUGCGUUUUCAAGCGUCCCUAGGACGAUCAGUAAUCUACGUUUUCCUGAAAUCUAAAGUCCAGAUUGUUAAAAUUGGAGACAUUUUAUUAACUGAAUUUAUCUCAGGGUGACUUCUCCCAAUAAGGUGUCAACGGAGCUUUGUAUGAACAAGAUUACAUCCGAUAACAUUAAUAAAUAUCUCCAGAACUGAGCACUUUGACUUUUCCAUUAGGCUUCUGCUUAUGCAAUAUAAGAAAAAAGAUUGAUUCCUGGUUUUCCAUGAAGGGUCUUGGCGAAGUACCUGACUACCAUCAGGAAUUAAAAGGCACAAAAACAUUUUUGAACGGACCAUUUUAAAAUACGUCAACUACAUUGCAAAGCAAACAUCAGAGAGCAGAAAGUGGGAAUUUACGGCUUGUCAACAAUCCUCCGUCAGUCAAACCUCAGAAUCGGAUAGCGGACAAGCGAGGACAUGAUUCAGGACUCUGUCACAUAGCCCCGGGUCAUUGUUCUAUGCGUUGUUGGAAAUAAUAGUAGAUCAAUUAUGCUGCGACUUCCAGGACUCGUGACUCGAAAUUGACCUGUACCCUGCGUUGUCUACCCGCGAGAUCAUUAGAAUGGGUCUGAAGGUCUACUUUUUCCUCGAUCCCGGAAUUCUAGAACAUAAGUUUGAAAGUGGUAGUUACUUAUACUGAUACUCAUAUAUGCAAAGUCGAUAUUAUUUUCCAGGAAUUUUGCGUGUCUGAAACAAAAGCAAAAGACGGGACAUGUUUCAAAGCAAACAGGAUUCGUACGCUGAAUUAGAGCUAGCUGCACAAAAUGCUAUGACACGACUGAAGUGGACUAAUACUUCUGAACAACCGUAAGGCUGCGUGGCUGCAUCCGUGCUUCUUUUCCAAAUACUUUCGCUAAGAAGGCUAAUAAUAGCGCUCCAGCAACAUUGAAAUGGAUAGUAGUUUAAUUUCAAAUUUUGUACUACAAACCAAAAUGGAUAAACUGUAUAGGCAACUGGUACGGAAAGACUGCAUAAAUACCCAUUCUAUUUUGCAGGGUGCAACUGUAGGAUUUAUCGUCAGCGUGGUCGGCACAUUUUGGGUGUCGAUCGGGGGCAUUUUCAGAAACACCAUAGCUGAUGUACCCGGCCGCCCCCCCUCAACGGAGGCUUGUCCUGCUCCUGGCACCACAACAUUAAUGCCCAAUGUGACGUACCCUGCACCUGCCCCCCACUCCCAACUAUUGGACCGCGGAUUUAGUUUCUAUGACCUCUCCUUCCUCUGGCUGGCAGCUUUUGCCAUGCUGAUUGGAUUCGUGGUCGCCAGCAUUGUCAGCCUUGCUUCAGGUAUGAACUCAUCCAGACUGUAGUCAGCACUGAUUAGAAUAUGUUUAAUUGGUGUUUCCUUCCCAUCCGUCGAUCUUACGUCGGGUGAGAUUUAUCACUGUCUUCUCUGGAAUGCAAUACGCCCCACAAAUUCGAUAAGCUGUCUGCACCUACCGUAUGCGGAAAUCACUACCUGUACUCGCUGAAAUCGUGAAAAGUGAGCUCCCAUGAUUUAUAAAAAAAUUGAGAGACAGUUUCCUGUCGCUCUCCUGCCAGACAAACUUGCGUUCGUUCAGUUCUAAGAGUAUCGUGCGGUAGGUACGCUGCUUGAAUUCUUCCCAUGACGACCAAAUCAUGUGACGCAUGAGAACCGCUUGCAUAUAUUUUAUUCGGAAUUGCAAAUGCGACUUCUCAUUUGAUAAAAAUGGGAUUGCAACAGAUUACACAAUUUGAAUUUACCUAUUUCAUCUAACUGCUAUUGAAUCCGUCCUUUGUUCUCAUUUAGUGAGAGUUUUGCAUACUUUUGAUGAUUUAAAUCCAAGUAAACUAUUUUUUAAAGGCAUGAACACCAAAAAACCAAUUCGGCAGUCUCUUCUGGCCUCCCAAGCAGUUUCCUUCUACAACUGCUUUCCAAACUGUCAUCCAGCUCAAUCCUAUGACGACAGUGAAUCUCAAGUAAGUUCCAUUUCCUUUUGAUUUCUGAGUGGAGGUGAAUGCUCCGGUUGCAGAUGUAUGUCUGUGUAAGAAAGAGAAUGACUAAUCGAGCACUGGAUCAACAUAAUAUAUUAUUCUAAACUUCCAAACUCGUACAGGUGUCAGAGCUGACAGCGGCAACACAACAAGCGUCCUCUGUGGAGGUAUUAGCCAGCCAGUGAUUAUUGACUCAGGUCUGCAGAUGACUGCCCGUUGCUCGCACGCCGACGUCAGAUUGGUACAUCGAUUGACCGAGUUCUUAUCCAGGAGGCCCGAACAUCCAGCACUUGUUAGCUGACAUUGCUUCUGGCGUAGGCGACUAUCUUAGCGCUUCGGAAUUGAUCGCGUGCUUAACUUCUCUCCCAUCGAGAUAAUCACCCAGACGGCGAUAUAAGCAAGCCGAAAAGUAAUUAAGGUCCGGGCCUCUCAAGGUAAAAUGCAGUCAUUCUAUAUAUUGAUUGCCGGCAUUCCGAGUCCAAAGCAGUCACCUACAGACCUGUGUCACUGAUCGUUGAUUGGGUGAUACCCCCAAUGACUAUCGCUUGUUUUGUAGCUGCUAUCAUUUUUGGCGAUGAACUCUUGCAUGAGCUUCAUAUCUGAGAAAAAUAGACAAAUUAUUCCAGUGUUCGCCUAGUCUUCUUCGUUCUUGCUCAUGCUCAAUAUAUUUUUAGAUUACUGUCUGGUCGGCACUGGCUGAGAAAUCAGAUAUUUUACCGAUAAUUUGAGCAUACUAACAGUAACAGUUAUGAACCGGCAUAAAACGUAAAUAAAAUAAGCCCCACUGUUCAAAAUCCCAAAAAGGACUGGACAAUUUCUGUGGAGGUGAACUUGUAAACAUUUCUCUUAAGAAGCACAUUAUGUAUAUAUCUAAUUAUAGGGCGAAGAUGAAGAUGAUACCUGGAAGUCGUAUAUGGAGGGAGACAAUGCGACCGACAAACAAAGCGACCAUCACGACAAUCAUUCUGUUGUCAUAUACUAAAUGGAAAUGCCUUCAGAUUAGUUUUAAGGUAAGCUUUCGUCUGCAGGCGCACUUGAGGAUUAUUAUACUAUUGACCUACUGAAUUAUUUUGAGUAGGCGUGAUUAUAUUGGAAUUAUAUACUUUGUAAAGGCACUAUUUGUAUAUGCGCUAUAUCCACUUACUAGGUACGUCAAAGUCAAAGUACCGACCUAGUGCUCAAUGCACUUGCACCCCCACCCAUUCUGCUUGUCCUAUCCUUUCCUAAUCCAGUUAGUGGCUAGUCUAGGUACGUCAAAGGUACAGGCGAAAAGUCGUUGACGUUCUCAAGAAAAGUUCCCUAUUACAGUAGCCAAAUUAAAUGGCGUGCAGGUGCGCAGCCUUGUUUAUGGGUUACAAUUGUAUUCUGCUUUGCCUAUUCUUUUCAAUGUGUCAGUCUUCCGCCUGUUAUUUGUCUGUGUUUUCAUUGCCAUUCUUACAGAGCAACUUACAGUGGUUCGUCAUUUGCUUUAUCCGUUUCCUUGACUGCCUCCGGAUCCCUUCCCUUACCUUCCAUCAUUUUUCUUCACACCAUGCGGAACGGCCUUGGCCACGCGUUGCCAAUUUCUAUUGGUUGUUUAUCUUCCUUUUGCAUUUUCGCAUUCCGUGAGAAAAUAUCGGCUUACUCUGCCAACUGUUCCACAUACACUAUCACAUUUUUAUCAUUUGCACUCGGGUUUCACCUCUCCCAACUUUCCCCGGUCAUCUAGAAAUGUCCUCGUCUAUCUUACCAUGUUGCUGCCUUCCGUCUGGCGUUUCCAGAUGCUCCACCCCUUAAAUUCCUAGUACCACCAUUCCCGUAUUACAGUCAGUCGGAAUUUAUCCAUUUCCAGUGCGACUGCAGGACCAAAUCCGACCAGAUUUUUAUAUUUAAAUAGAAUAUAAAACUUCCCGUUUUGCUCAAACUUUCUGAUAUUCUGACAAUCAAAUAGAAAGCCUGGAUUAUUCGGAUUCUCAGUGAGAUGGGCUACAUACUCACAAUAUUUUUAAAAAUAUUCCGGCAAGCAUUCCUUUGCACCUUGUAUGUUUCACGAUGCGGUAGUUGCGUUUGCAGUCAACGGAUUUUUGCCUAUGAAACUUGAAGCGGAUAACGGAAAGCGUACCUCCUUUAAACGUUGUUAACACCAGUCGGGCCGGAUAAAUAACAGCGUAUCCUACGCGAGACAAUGGUGACAUUACCAUUAAGCCAGUUUUCUGUGGGCGCGCUUUCUUCGAAUUAAUUGGCACUUCGACCGUCGUGUCCGACGAUGACCACCAUGCUUGCUCCACAGCAAGCUGGAGCAAGCAUGGUGACUGGCGGGUGAAUUAGUUCAGAAUGAGGGUAGACUUGCGCAGAAUCUACCUCACUUCCUCAUGCCCACUGCCCGCCUGAACCCGGUGUCAAGACAGAGACAAGAAGACCGGGGGUGGAGGGAGGGCGCGCAGGUGACACAAACAUCCACAAAUGGGCGCACUGCGUGAGCCGGAUCGAGGCGUCAAUCGGCAGCCCUUAAAGGCACGCCACUUGGCGUACCGUGAUAGUCUCAGACUCGGGUUACACAUGCAACAUAGGGGCCGCAUGGAGAAAGAGCCGCAAGGUACACUUCCCACCAGCGUGGGAGGUGGCAGUUGAGCCCUUGCGUUGUCUGGUGAUUAACAAUAUUGUUGUGUGGUACAGGUGAGAGAAGGAUUGAUGACUUGCUGUAGCCGGUGGUUGUCUAACACGGGUUAUUUCAAUUAGCAUGUGACCUAAGUGGCCCAUCAUCACCAUCAUCAGUAAAUGCCAAGCGAAAAAGAGUCAUGAGAAUCAAGGAUCAACUGGAAACGGGUAAAAAAUCCACAGCUUAUUAGAUCCUAUGCGUCCAAAUCUACUGACAAAGAAAACUACGUCCACCAACACAAAGACUGGUAGAGAGCUAUUCGAGGUCUGGAUCCACGACGUCUUAUUCAUAGACCAGCACAAAGAUAGGCAAUAUCUCAUUUCAUUCGUUAAAAUCUCCUCUACAUUAAGAGAUUAGGUCGGCUAACACGAUGCAAAAAAUGAAGAAUGCUACCUACUCUUAAUCGUUCUUGCAGGUCAUCAGAAAUGGGCCAGUGAAUAGGCUCUCAAGAUUGGGUCAGUAUAGUCCCCACGUGGAAGAUCGGAGAGCAGUUACAUGCAGUUUAAAACAAGUUUGUAAUAAGGACUUUCCUAAAGCAGGUUGGAUAACAUUUUACUACUUGAUUAUUUAUGAUGUCUGUUUAAAGUAGGUUUUAUAAUUUUUUAAGAGGCACACUUUCUAAAAGGUCAAUUCUAACUGCAGAUUCAUGUCGCCAAUUACGAAAAUGACUUUAUGAUCGCCUCACAUCCAUAAUUUCCGAUUGUCUUAAAAACCGUCAGAAAGGCGGAUUUUCUCACUAACUGUAGAAAAACUCCAAAAGCCUGUGACUGCUGAAAUAUUCUUCUCUCUUCUGAUUUUGCAUUCACAAAUAUGAGAGUAUUCACAGCGUAGAUUUGAUUCAUUUCUCCAGUUCUCAUUUCUAGGAAGCCGCUGCCAAAGACAAAGCCAGUCUAUGAAACUUGUUUUUUAGAACAAUGACUAUCCCAAAUAAAAUUAAAAGGGACGGCUGGCGUGACUAUGUCCCCAAACCGGAAAAGAGUCUAACAAAUAUUACCUGCAGUCCGCCUGCCAUCAAUAUAAAUGUUAAAAAUAGUCUUGCUGGGUCAGGUGAUAUGAACUGGCAACACGUUAUAAAUGAUGGUUAGACAGUCAUAGGAGAACAAGAAAUCAUCAUCCUUAUUAGAACCAUGAAGAAGUCGUCGACAGUAUCUCUGGGAUAAAGCAGCAAAGGUGAUUACGGCAGCAUCUUUGUGGACAUGACACGAAGUGAAAUGUCCACAAGUUCAGCUAUUAUCGGCGGUAAAAUCACUUCUUCUCUUCCAACGGAUAGGUUUUUGUUUAACAAAUGAGACAGUAGCCACAAGGCGUCCUUUUCUGUCCAAGCACUCGACACAAUAUCGUCUGCGCCUUGGUAGCCGUACAUGAGGAGGUCGCUAGAUAGAAACCGACAAAAGAGAGGUUUGACUGUUCUUGCCUGUUACGUUAAGCCGACACAUAUUCUCACUCCCUCAACAUCGGUUGUUGUGAUGCAUUUGACUUCCUUAUGCUAAGUUUCACAUGAAAUCACAUGACAUUUGCGCGUAAAAACCGGAAAAAUGCGAUCAUAUCUGCCGAAAUUGGCCUGUUAAUUAAACUUCCUGCGUGUACGGGUCUAGGUUAUAAAGUCUCCCCCAUACGGUCCAUAUGUGGGGCAAAUCUCCAGUUCAGACCUGAUGAUGAUGACGAUGCUGAGGAUGAUGAUGAUGAUGAUGAUGAUGAUGAUGAUGAUGAUGAUGAUGAUGAUGAUGAUGAUGAUGAUGAUGAUGAUGAUGAUGAUGAUGAUGAUGAUGAUGAUGAUGAUGAUGAUGAUGAUGAUGAUGAUGAUGAUGAUGAUGAUGAUGAUGAUGAUGAUGAUGAUGAUGAUGAUGAUGAUGAUGAUGAUGAUGAUGAUGAUGAUGAUGAUGAUGAUAAAAGAGUGGUCUUAGUGCGUCUGCAGCCUGCGUUCUGCGUAUUUCUAACAUUUACGGCUUCCUUCACUAUCUCCUGUGUUAUUUUCACUUCACAGCGUUUGUUUUUGAUUGUCCGACUGGGUGACUUCUUGCUUUUUCCUAUCCUUCCGGAAAUUUCAUAUGUAGACUUCCGAACAGUGAAGGCCGAUGCUAUUCUUCAAUACUAA